UGCCACAUACAAACUUACCCGAGCUGUGGAAGUAGACUUCUUUACCUUCAUGACACCGCAGGGGCGACAACAAGAGCCAAACACACUGAGAGCCAAAGAUCAAAACUACAGCGGUCAAGCAUCAGUAGCUGCUCUGGUGAUCCGCUCUGCUCACCGCAUUCAGUAAGGAGAUUUAUCACACGCAACCUGAAGAGAUGAGCAGCAGCAAGAAGAUGGAGGAUGAGGCGGUGCUGGACCGGGGGGCGUCCUUACUCAAGCACAUCUGUGACGAGGAGGAGGUAGAAGGUCAUCACACCAUCUACAUCGGCGUGCACGUGCCCAAGAGCUAUCGGCGUCGGAGGCGUCACCGCCGGAGAGCCGGCCACAAGGACAGAAAGGAGAAGUUGACGGAGAACACCUCUGACAAGUCGGAUGCAGAAAACAACGAUGAGGCCAGCAACAGCAUCCUCAAACCUCUCAUCUCGCCUGCAGCAGAGAGGAUCCGCUUCAUCCUGGGCGAGGAGGAUGACGGCCCGGCACCCCCUCAACUCUUCACCGAGCUGGAUGAGCUGCUGUCGGUGGAUGGACAGGAGAUGGAGUGGAAGGAGACGGCCAGGUGGAUAAAGUUUGAGGAGAAGGUGGAGAAAGGAGGUGAACGCUGGAGUAAACCCCACGUGGCCACGCUGUCCUUACAUAGCCUUUUUGAACUGCGGACGUGCAUAGAGAAAGGCACCAUCAUGCUGGACCUGGAAGCUUCCACUCUACCUCAGGUUGUUGAGAUGAUCACUGACAACCAGAUAGAGAUCGGCCAGCUGAAACCAGAACUGAAGGACAAGGUGAUGUACACGUUGCUACGGAAACAUCGUCACCAGACCAAGAAGUCCAACCUGCGCUCUCUGGCUGACAUCGGCAAGACGGUCUCCAGUGCAAGUAGGCUGUUUUCCAACCCGGAAAACGACAGUCCCACCACAACUCACCGGAACCUGACCUCCAGCAGCCUGAACGACAUUUCUGACAAACCGGAAAAAGACCAGCUGAGAAACAAGUUCAUGAAGAAGUUGCCGAGAGACGCCGAGGCCUCCAACGUGCUGGUGGGGGAGGUGGACUUCCUGGACGCGCCAUUCGUGGCGUUUGUUCGUCUGCAGCAAGCUGUGAUGCUGGGAGCCUUAACAGAGGUUCCUGUUCCCACAAGAUUUUUAUUCAUCUUGCUUGGACCCAAAGGCAAAGCCAAAUCGUACCAUGAGAUUGGCAGAGCGAUCGCCACGCUGAUGUCAGAUGAGGUCUUCCAUGACAUUGCGUAUAAGGCCAAGGACAGACAAGACCUGCUGGCUGGUAUCGAUGAGUUCCUGGACGAGGUGAUUGUGCUUCCUCCUGGAGAGUGGGACCCGGCCAUCAGGAUAGAGCCUCCGAAAUCCCUCCCAUCCUCUGACAAAAGGAAAAACAUGUAUGCAGGAGGGGACUCUCAGAUGAAUGGAGACAUGCCUCAUGAUGGAGGUCACGGAGGAGGGGGACACGCUGUAGGGGACGAGCUGAAGAAGACUGGAAAGUUUUGUGGUGGUCUCAUACUCGACAUCAAAAGAAAAGCGCCUUUCUUUAUCAGUGACUUCACAGAUGCAUUUCACAUUCAGGCCUUGUCGGCCAUAUUGUUUAUUUACCUGGGAACUGUGACAAACGCCAUCACCUUCGGCGGUCUCCUUGGGGAUGCUACAGAAAACAUGCAGGGUGUGUUGGAGAGUUUUCUGGGCACAGCGAUCAGUGGCGGGGUUUUCUGUCUGUUGGCCGGCCAGCCUCUCACCAUCCUCAGCAGCACCGGUCCUGUUCUGGUGUUUGAACGGCUGCUCUUCAAUUUCAGCAGAGAUAAUGACUUUGACUACCUGGAGUUCCGCCUGUGGAUCGGCCUGUGGUCGGCGUUCUUUUGCCUGGUGCUCGUGGCCACUGACGCCAGCUUCUUGGUUCAGUACUUCACCCGGUUUACCGAGGAGGGCUUCUCCUGUCUCAUCAGCUUCAUCUUCAUCUACGAUGCCUUCAAGAAGAUGCUCAAACUAGCUCAUCACUAUCCCAUCAACUCAGAAUUCAGGAUGGACUACGUCACACAAUAUGACUGCCUCUGUAUGGCCCCCACUGUUCUAGAGAACAGUACAGACAUCAUUGGCGAUCCUUUAGAUGGGACUUCGUUGUGGUUCUGGAACAACACUGAUCUGCCAAUGAACGCCACGUGGUCGUCCCUCACAAAGACGGAGUGCUUAAAGUACAAAGGAGAGCUUGUGGGGAAGUCCUGCGACUUUGUCCCCGACAUCACCCUCAUGUCCUUCAUCCUGUUCUUUGGGACUUACACCUGCUCCAUGGGUCUGAAGAAGUUCAAGACCAGCCCGUUCUUCCCCACCACUGUGAGGAAACUCAUCAGUGACUUUGCCAUCAUCCUGGCCAUCCUUAUCUUCUGCGGAGUCGACAUGCUCGUAGGAGUCGAUACUCCCAAACUCAUCGUGCCAAGUGAAUUUAAGCCAACAAGUCCUAACCGAGGCUGGUUUGUGCCCCCGUUCGGAGGAAACCCCUGGUGGGUUUACCUGGCGUCGGCUCUCCCGGCCCUGCUGGUCACCAUACUGGUCUUCAUGGACCAACAGAUUACUGCUGUGAUCGUCAACAGGAAGGAGCACAAGCUGAAGAAAGGGGCAGGUUACCAUCUGGAUCUUUUCUGGGUGGCCGUUCUGCUCAUCGUUUGCUCCUUCAUGGGUCUGCCGUGGUACGUGGCCGCCACCGUCAUCUCCAUCGCUCACAUCGACAGUCUAAAGAUGGAAACGGAAACGUCGGCUCCUGGAGAGCAGCCGAAGUUCCUGGGUGUGAGAGAGCAGAGGGUCACUGGUGUGUGUGUGUUCAUCCUGACAGGACUGUCUGUUUUUAUGUCUCCGAUUUUAAAGUUUAUCCCCAUGCCUGUGCUGUAUGGAGUCUUCCUGUACAUGGGGGUCGCCUCUCUCAAUGGAGUGCAGUUUAUGGAUCGUCUCAAGCUGCUUCUGAUGCCAGCGAAGCAUCAGCCCGACCUGGUUUACCUGCGACACGUCCCCCUCAGGAAAGUCCACCUCUUCACCUUCAUCCAGGUCCUCUGCUUGGCUCUGCUCUGGAUCCUCAAGUCCACUGUGGCUGCCAUCAUAUUCCCCGUCAUGAUCCUCGCUCUGGUGGCCGUCAGAAAAGCGAUGGACUACAUGAUCUCCCAGCAUGACCUCAGCUUCCUGGACGACGUCAUCCCAGAGAAGGACAAGAAGAAGAAAGAGGACGAGAAGAAGAAAAAGAAAAAACGAGGCAGCAUCGACAGCGACGCUGAAGACUCUGACUAUCCUUACAAUGAGAAAGUUCCCAGCAUUAAAAUCCCCAUGGACAUGAUGGAGCAGGAGCCUUUCUUAGGUGAUAAGGCCUCUGACAGAGAGAAGUCCCCGUCAUUCCUUGAACGACACACAUCGUGCUGAGCAGCUUCGCUACUACCAGGCCAACUACCUGUCCAGCCCCGAGAUGACUCCACUGAAGUCUGUGCCUCAGAUUAGAAUAGACAUGGACCCAGACGAUGAAAAUACUUUCUACUGGAGGAGC